UGUGAAGCAGAAAAUGAUCUUGGAAGACAAACAUCAAGGUUGUUUAUUGAUGUAAAAUGUGAGUAAAAUAAACAUUGGAUGAUCAAACACAAUCAGGUGUAAUAUUUAUACUGAGGGAGAGAUGCUUGAAUUUUUAAACAACAUCCAUUCAGUAGAUAUUUGCAUGUUCAUAUAACUAAAGUGUAUAAAUUACGUGUCCUCUCUGUGAUCCACAGUAGAAUCAUUAUAAUGUUUGUGACACAUUCAGAUCCUCCAAGACGUCCCUCUGUGUCUCUGAGUCCCUCUGGUCUGAUAGAAGAGGGUGAACCUGUGACUCUGACCUGUAGCAGUGAUGCUAACCCAGCAGCUAACUACACCUGGUACAAGGAGGAUAACAAACAUCCUAUUGGAGUCAAAUCUGAAUAUCGUGUCCCCUCUGUCACCUCUGAGGACAGAGGACACUACAUUUGUAUGUCUGAGAAUCAGUAUGGACAACAGAACUCCUCGUCUCUGUUUGUGGACAUCUUCUAUGGUCCAAAGUCUCCCUUGGUGUCGGUGAGUCCCCCUGCUGAGAUCUUGGAGGACAGUUCAGUGACUCUGACCUGUAGCAGUGAUGCUAACCCAGCAGCUAACUACACCUGGUACAAGGAGGAUAAGUUGUUAUCAUCAGAACAGAACUUCACCAUCAGCAACAUAAAACCUGAACACGGUGGAGAAUAUCACUGUAGAGUCCAGAACAGGAUUGGAAGUCAUCACUCCACCAUCCAGCUGACCGUUUGUGGAGGGCUACCACUGCAGACGAUGAACAUCGCCAAAAUGAUCCUAGUUGCUCUGCUGCCAGUUCUUCUGCUUGUCUUCAACCUUUGGAUGAGGAAGAAGAAAACAAUCGGCUUCAAACCCGACUCAAAGGAACCUAAGGAGAUGCUGGAGGCGAGAGCUUCUAGUGAUGAAACACACCCUGCGGUGUUUCACUUGACCUCAAGUGUUCUGCCUUGUUUCUCUAUUUGGGUUCUCCAUCUGGACGUUCCUCCUUGUGACCGGAACAAACCAAACUCUGGCUGCAGAACAGAAGCAUUUGGGACUAUUAUAUGUCAGACUGACUGGUCGGUGACUUACAACCCUCCUCAGAUCUGCACCUUAGAAGGAUCAGCAGUGAAGAUCAUCAGCCAUUUCUCAUACCCAAAAUAUGUAACUGGAAGCUGGGUUAAAACUACAGUUAACAAUUAUUUCUGGUUUACAAAAACAACUGAAGAAGGUGAACCUGUGGAUCUGAGAGAUGAUCCCGACUAUUCAGGUCGUGUGAGUUAUGAAAAGUGUGGAAACAAAGUCUGUCAUCUUUUAAUCACUAAUGUGACAAAAAGUGACUCAAAUGAGUUCAAGUUCAGAUUUAUAACAAACCAACAAAGUGGGAGUUUUACUGGUGUACCUGGAGUCACCUUGUCUGUUACAGGUCUGAAGGUUAACGUGUAUUCUGCCAAAACAUAUCUGACAUGUCACAGUGACUGUCAGCUACCUGCUCGUGUUUCUUACUGCUGGUACAAGAAUGGACAGAAACUUGGGAGGUCAACCACAAAAUACCUCUGGUAUCAGAUCAGUCCUGCAGGCAGAUAUCAGUGUGCCAUAGAAGGAUUAGAGCAGUUCCCAUCUCCUCCAGUGUAUGCUCCAGCUGUUCCCUCUGUUUCCACAAAUCCCUCUGGUGAGAUCAUGGAGGACAGAUCAGUGACUCUGACCUGUAGCAGCGAUGCUAACCCAGCAGCUAAAUACACCUGGUACGAGAAGGAUGGAGACCAAAACUAUAAACAUCUCAGUUCAGAACAACAUCAUGUCUUCAGCUCCAUUAAGUCCUCUGACUCUGGAUGGUAUUGGUGUGAAGCAGAAAAUGAUCUUGGAAGACAAACAUCAAGGUUGUUUAUUGAUGUAAAAUAUCCUCCAAGACGUCCCUCUGUGUCUCUGAGUUCCUCUGGUCUGAUAGAAGAGGGUGAACCUGUGACUCUGACCUGUAGCAGUGAUGCUAACCCAGCAGCUAACUACACCUGGUACAAGGAGGAUAACAAACAUCCUAUUGGAGUCAAAUCUGAUUAUCGUGUCCCCUCUGUCACCUCUGAGGACAGAGGACACUACAUUUGUAUGUCUGAGAAUCAGUAUGGACAACGGAACUCCUCGUGUCUGUUUGUGGACAUCCUCUAUCGUCCAAAGUCUCCCUUGGUGUCAGUGAGUCCCCUUGGUGAGAUCAUGGAGGACAGUUCAGUAAAUCUGACCUGUAGCAGUGAUGCUAACCCAGCAGCUAACUACACCUGGUACAAGGAGGAUAAGUUGUUAUCAUCAGAACAGAACUUCACCAUCAGCAACAUAAAACCUGAACACAGUGGAGAAUAUCACUGUAGAGUCCAGAACAGAGUGGGACUCAAUAAUUCCUCAAAACGUGUGACUGUAGCAGCUUCCUCAAAUUCAAGGACAAUGGUGAUCGCUGGAACGAUGGUUGUUCUCUUCAUCAUUUUAGUCCUUCUGGUCUUCUUAGUGAUGAGGAAAAAAAGAUCCUCAGUGCCAUCACCUGAACUUGGAGAAAGUCCCAACAUCAUUAAACAGCAUCAACCCCGUCAGUCAGAGAACCAAGAUCUUCAUUAUGCCAGUGUGCGCUUUUUAAAGAACGAGUCUGAUGAUCUCUACAUGAACAUCAAACCACUCAGAACCCGUCGACCUAAGGAGGAGGAAACUGAGAUCUCAGAGUAUUCUACUGUUAAUUUAGUUAAUAACAGGUCUGACUCUGGGAAACAAGAUCAGGAAGCUGCAGCAGAUCCAUCUGCACUGUACAGCGUGGUCCACAAUCUCAGAUGAAUGUCUGGUCAGGUCUCUAUCGCAGUGCGACCGGUCUACAGAGCAUGUGUGUGUGUGUGUGUGUGUGUGUGUGUGUGUGUGUGUGUGUGUGUGUGUGUGUGUGUGUGUGUG